UGGGCCGUGGCGAUCUGCUGCUGCUGUUGCUUUGGCUUGGACCUGCUGCAUAUGGGUUUGUCACGUCUGGGCCUGUUGCUCGGUGGGCUUGACGCGGAUGGGCGUUUUGGGCCUGUGUUCUCAUCAGCGUUGUUGGACAUUGAAGAGCUAUAACUGCUAAGCCCAACUCCUCACGGGAUUGAUAAAUGUCUCACAAGUGGUCACCGCUGUGAUAGAUCACAAAUACUGCUCUGCGUUUUGAUGUUAUCAUCCCAGUUCCGAAAUUUGCUGCAAUCCGUCAUUUGAGUUUUGAAUUUUUCCAAGAAGGGAACUUGCUCCGGCAGCAGUGGCCGCAGAUGGGCAGCUCGUCGGCGGCGCCGUGGAAGCAGCUUCUCCUCGGCUCAAUCCAAGCCAAUUCCCACCUAAAGCAUUAUUCUUAUUUCCAGCUCGCAACUGUCUCAUCCAGUAGCAAACCCUCCAACCGUACUGUUGUUUUCAGAGGAUUUCAGGAUGAUGGUGAUAAGAUCUUGAUCAACACCGACACUCGCACUCGUAAGAUUGAUGAUCUCAAGCACUGCCCAUUUGCCGAGAUAUGCUGGUAUUUUACUGACUCGUGGGAGCAGUUUCGCAUUAGCGGACAUGUGGAUGUCAUAGACGGAACUAAUCCCGAUCCAGUAAAACUUCAGCAAAGAGAGAAAUCUUGGUUUGCCUGCUCUCUUAAAUCGAGAAUGCAGUAUACCAUGCCUACCCCAAGAAUUUCCAUUCACAAACUGCCAUCUCAAACGUCCUCUUUGGAUCCUUCGGUUGGACCCAUUGAUGCAUUUUGCCUGCUCGUGCUUGAUCCUGACCAGGUUGAUUAUCUGAACUUAAAGAGCAAUGAGAGGCUAGUCUUUACAUCGGGACUGAGUGUCAGUGGUGAGAGGCUUUGGACUUCAGAGCAAGUCAAUCCGUAGAUUCCCAGCUUGUAAUGUUAUCAUAUUUGUAACUUCUAUAAGUAGUGUAUGUCAUUAGAUGACUCUAAUAAAGCAUUGGCAAUUAGUAUUAUCAUGAAGGGAGAAAGAGGACAUUUUCAUCAUGGUAUCAUUGAAAUAAAAAAAGAAACAUAUGUUCAAGUGCUCAAUUGUUCAACAAUGUUCUAUUAAUCAGCUUAAAGUUGCUCAAAAGGACAAACAAAUAUAACACCUAUCAGUAUCAGUGAAUCAGAGAGGGGCAGCAACAAGAAAUAGAGAAUAAAAACUGAUGAAAACUGCAACGGCGAUCCAAACAGCACAACAUUUGUGCUCCUUUUGCCCAAAUUAGGAACAUUUUCAAUUUCACAAAGGUUACAAAUUCUUAAACACACACAAAAGCCAAAUCAAACGACACAAGAAAAAAGGGGAAAAAAAAGGGGGGCAAAUUCUAGGAAACACGAGACGGAUUCUUCUUGUCAUCCACUCAAUUUCCAGAUUCAUUCGCAAGCGUAAUAAUAGACAGGUUUUAUGAUUUGCCGGUGAGUUGCUGAGGCAGGGGGACCUUAUCAUCGGCGGCGGCUGGCUGGUGGCGGAGAGAGGGGGCGUCGGUGGUGAAUGAAGGGUGUUUGGUAAGCAUGAGCGGCCGAUCCUUAGCCUCCUCGUCAUCGUACAUGUCGUCAUCGUCGGUGGACAGGUGGAUGCACGAGCAUCGCUCGAGAGAAGCGAAGAAGGCGGUGGCGACGCUAGUCCCCACCCAGCUCGCCGCCCGAUCCAGCUUCUCGCACCUGCCCAUGCUGCCGCUGACGUUGUCCGCCGCCGCCAUCUUUAUUUCCCUUGCUCUUUAGCCAGAAAUUGAUCGGUUGGGAUGGGGUGGAUUGGAUGGAAUUUUAGAGAGAGGUGAUUUGAGGAUUUUGGUGGAGAAUUCCAGACAGAUUACGGUAGAUAAAUAAUAAGAUUCGGUUUCAUUAUGUGUUAGUGUGAGUCUUUUUGUGUGUGUAACGGCCGGUUUUUUUGGAUUGGGAGGUGAG